GGUUGCUGCUGUUGAAUACCGCACAUUUGCUUAUUUACAAGGAUUAUUUUAGUUGUGACCCUGUAUCUAUUUUGUUUUUGAAAAGUUUAUAAGUAUAACUUGGAACCAUGAGGAUUGCAAGACCGCUGUGCGUACCUGCGAGGAAACCCCAAAAGGAGCCGGUGCCGUUCCAAGAGUUGCUGCCCGUGCGAUUGAAGAACUGGGUGUCUGGCAGAUCGGAAAAAGAUGCAGGCGUAUCAUGCUUGCAAGAAUUGUCUGUUAUGUUUGCGUGCCUGAAGAGGAAUGAAUUUGAGCAGGCACUGUGCUCAAAGGAGAUUGGCUUGUUUCAGAAUUGCUACAAGCAGCAUUUGGACAACAAGUUCGUCAAGAAGCAACAAGAAAAGAAAGGAGUAGUCAUCACAGGCUCUAAGAACUUGGGCAGCAAACAAAUAAACCAGUUAUUAAAAAGGUUUCCUCAGCCAGAUUAACUAUCAAUCAAGCGACACUAUAGUGUAGUUGUGUAUCACAAUGUAAUUAUAUUAUCUUAAGAUAUUAUUCAA